AUGGCGGCCUUGCUCUGCAUCAGCACCCCCGCCGCCGCCGCCCUUCCCCACCUCCCGCGCGGACGCGCACCCCCGUGCGACGUCGCGCUCGCCGCUCCGGUGCCUGCCCGUCUCUCCCUCCGCCGCCGCGGCCUCCCAACUACAGGGCUGCGCUGCUCCGGCACGGAGGUGGGGGUUACGGAUGCAAUAAGGAUGGCCGCGGCCACGCCGUUCGGGCACAACCUGGUGGCGGUGGACAUCGUCGGUGACGAGGUGGCUGCCGACAAGCUCCAGUUGGGCUUCAAGGAGAUGGCCACAUAUGUCAUAUAUGGCACCGGUGCUUUCUUUGCCGGAUGGGUUUUGUCCGCUGUUGUUUCAGCAAUUGACUCCAUCCCCUUGCUCCCAAGAAUACUGGAGAUGGUGGGCCUCGGAUACACGGUUUGGUUCAGCUCACGGUAUCUUCUUUUCAAGGAAAACAGAGAGGAAUUGUUUGCCAAAGCUUAUGAUCUCAAAAUGAGAAUUGUUGGAUCCGGCGAUGCAUGA